AUGUGGCUGAUUGGAGUAUUCCCCACGGAGCGAGCCGAAGGGGGGGGGGGGGCAGGCCAAAGAGAGGGGGGGGGCAGGCCGGGUCCGAGUCCGAGUGAGUGUGAGUCCGAGUGUGAGUCCGAGUCCGAGUCCGAGUCCGAGUGUGAGUCCGAGUCUGAGUGUGAGUCCGAGUGUGAGUCCGAGUCCGAGUGUGAGUCCGAGUCUGAGUGUGAGUCCGAGUCCGAGUUUGAGUCCGAGUCUGAGUCCGAGUCCGAGUGUGAGUCCGAGUCCGAGUGUGAGUCCGAGUCUGAGUGUGAGUCCGAGUGUGAGUCUGAGUCCGAGUCCGAGUGUGAGUCUGAGUCCGAGUGUGAGUCCGAGUCCGAGUUUGAGUCCGAGUCUGAGUCCGAGUCCGAGUGUGAGUCUGAGUCCGAGUGUGAGUCUGAGUCCGAGUCCGAGUGUGAGUCUGAGUCCGAGUGUGAGUCUGAGUCCGAGUCCGAGGCGGCCCUCGCACAGGUCAGAGAACGCCACAUGUAA